CCAUGUGUUGCUGGUCCGUCUUUCUGGAAAAGUCGUUCCUUGCGUCCAAAAACGGAUCGCUGCUCUUCUUCCUAUUCCCUAACAGUCUAGGUGGACACGCACCGUCAGUUGUGGGAGUAGCCUGUGCCAAAGCAAGGUCGUCGUCGUCGCCAUCUGUCUCUCCCAUGCUUUGGCUGAGCACCUUCGUCGACCGUGUCCGCCGUGCACUUGCACAUCGUAUACGGUCUCAGUCAGCAGCUGAGCCCCUGCACCCUCGUGUGAGGAUGCGAUGUCACAACACGACGCUCCAGGGCAGCACUGUUCUUCUUUGGGGGGCUCGACCGCCAGACCAGGCGUCAGUCGUUCCAUGUGAAUGCGCCUUUGUUCGUCGCUCUGGUGACUGCUGUGUAGAUCCGACGUCCGGCUUCUGCCACCGCCGUUUUACGCGUCUAUCUCGGUUUGCAACAGCAGUAGCGACGCUGCUUCUGGCUCGAAACGACCAAGCUCGUGCCGCUAACACAGCUGUUGCACGCUCGUUUGCUCCAAGUGCGGAGUUGCACACGCUAGAGGACGAGAAGAUGAAAGCCCUUCCCCCCACCCCCCUUGCUCGAUACCCGACCUGCCGCAUGGAACUUGCCGCUCUCGAUGCUCAAACACGCGUCUCGGAAUUUUGAACAAAUUAAUUUACAUAUCCCGAAGCCGUGUCCACCAUGUCGGGUCGCACCUGCCUAUCCCUCUUUGAUAUGGGCUCCAAUUCUUUCUGACAAUAUUGUCACCACCAGUAUCCUUCCUCAUCCUCCUCCUCUUUUUCUUUACGUUCCUCCACUUCGUCUGCGUCUUCUUCUACUUCCUCCUCCUCCUCCUCUUCUUCUUCUUCUUCAUCUUCGACUUCUUCGACUUGUCCAUUCAUAUGCUUUCGUCCCUCUUUUCUCCCUCUCACCAUCUUGGCAGACAUGCCUGCGCUCUUUUCACCUACUCUUUUGAUUCGAGAUGUCAGCGGCGUUGAGUCCGAGGGCUCAGAGAGGCCGCAUUUCUUCCAACCAAAGUUUGCUCGCAUCGAGAACCAGGCAAUCUCAAUCCUUGUUCCUUAUUCUGGCCUUAUUCUCUCAUGUAUAGUCUGUAUUCUGGUGAUUCUGCGUCUCUACGUCUUCGAAGGUUUCUUGUUUCCACGUCUGUACGGUCACCUGUACCGAAACUUCAGCGAUGAGACCAAACGCACCUUUAUGAACCACCAUAUUGGAGGGAUGAUCAAGAUCAUCCUCUUGAUCGCAGGUGCCUACCCAUGGACACACGUCCUCUUCGUUGGAAACGAAGACUUCGACACACCAAUGGCACAUCAUUCCAAAGUCACAAUGGGAGACCUGCUGCUCGUUCUCACUCAGCUCUUCGCUUCCAUGUACGUCUUUGAGCUUCUGAUCCGUGUCAAAUUAUCUCCCAUCGCGAUGGCACAUCAUAUCGGCGCCAUAGUCAUUGCCGAAGUUGCCGUUGCGCUCAGCCUGGAGUAUAAAAAACAAAAGGACGCUACAAUUGAGUACAUGCUCUGCCUUGUUUGGGGUGCAUUUGAUGUCCUUGCCGAAUUUUGGCCCAACCUAGCUAUAAUACUCUAUCGCGUCAAAAAGGACAACCAUUACCUUCUGUCUCAGGUCUUUUUCAUCACUGCAAUCAUCACAGUGCUGGGCACUACCGCGGAAACAGUCAUGAUUUUCGUCUUUCUGGGUUCUGUAUGGCACAGACUAUCACUCGACUUCAAAGUCGCCACACCGAUUCUUCACGUUGUCUUCAUGGCAGCCCAAGUCCAUGGCAGCAGGAUUUUGUUCUCCAUGUACAAGCGUCAAAAGCAAGCGCUAAGAGAACAAGAAAAGAGGAAAGAGAGUGGUGCUGGCAAAAAUUCCGACAAAGAGACGGCAAGCGAGCCCACAAUGGCGGCACCGGAGACAUGCUGAGCUUACCGGCACGGUAAUGGGAAAUAUAUGUCUUGUCACAUGGAGGGCUUUCUCUUUUCAAAAGAAAACAUAUUUGAGCGUUAUACGAUAGAUUCGCAUCACUUGCAAGCGUCAUAUGGUAUGUAACAGGAAAAAAAAAUUCAUCGUCUAGACCAACCCUGAGGUCAUUGCAGAUGAAUAUGGACCUCUCUUCGACACUCAUGUUCGAUCGGGCCGCUUUGAGAUCCAAUUGUUAAUUGACAAUACAUUUUGAAGCAUUGAGAUAUCAUGAAACACGACUGAAAUAUGGCGGCACGCUUGCCGUUUCAAGUAACCAUCAAACAUAUCGGAAACUUUUUUCCCCAAGUCAUCGCGAAACACUUAUAGGGACUGCAAAAAGAGCCCCCCCACAAAGCGUAUCGCAA